CAAACAGUUGGGCCUUGUAAAUUCUGCAGCCUUUUGCUGUUUAAAUGGUUGAUCCCGUUUUCAUUUUGCCGAACCUUCCGCUUGCUACAAGUAUGGAAUCGGUGCGAGGCACUUUUUGUCUAAAAAAUGUACAAACUUGUUAAUUAAUGGAUGAGGCAAAUAUUGUGCCUCCUUUCCAAGAAGGAGAAAAAGAAGUAGAAACGGUGUCCGUUGAGAUGCAUAAGGGUGUGACAAUAUGGCGCACCAGGAUUACUUGAAUCAUGGAGAGGCUGAAGCUGAUGUGCGAGGACAUGCACGCCGUGCAAACGUGUCUCCACCAGCACGGCACGGCGAUGACCUCUGGCUCUCUAGCCGCCGGAUCUGAUUUUAAGUCAUGAUCCCGAGCCAUCCGACUAUGCAAUAGAAACCUCCCGCGUGCAAGUAUGUGUUGUGCUUUAUAACAUCGGUGCAACAUUUCCCUUCACAUUUUGAGAAAACAGUCACAACAUCAAACCGGACACAACAUUUCCCCUGGGGUAUGUAACAUUUUCCCUAGUGCCAACAUAAAUUCUUGUGUAUGCAAUAAAUCCCCGUCCCCAUACGUCGUAGCAAAGAGGCUGAAAAUGUGUGUUCACAACAUAAAAACUGACGCAAGCAGCAUGUGUGACAAUGCACGCAGCAACAAAGAAACACAUUCGCGGCAUAAGAAAAUCCCUUUGAAGCCUACACCCGAGAGAUCCCCAAGAUGACUAACCUCUGACCGCCCACAAUGGAGGCAACGAGUUCGCUAGUUCAGGCUCGCCAGAGCCAUGUCAGCGCCGGAUCAAGCAAACUUGGUUCCAUUCCUCUGCAUUCCCGAAGCUCAAUGACGUGACCAUGAGAGCUCCAGAAUGGAGUCACCCAUGAUCCAUGGCACAAAAUGUUGGUAACAUACAUGGCAGGAGAUGGACGCCACAAGGAGGAAGAAUUGAGUGGUACUAGGGGAGGAGGGCAGGUUUGGAUGAGGACUCAGCUGCGAAGAGAGGCGACACAUGUACUUGAGGCCAUAGGAGAAAGAUACGUGCGAGGGGAGCCGGGCGCGUGCGGCGUGCGGGUCCCUCGACCAGUCAAUUGUUUGAGUCAUUUUCCUUUUAUAAUUCAUAGGCUUUUGCAUUUUUCUUUUGGUUUAACCUUGCAUUUCACCUGUUGUUCAUCUAUACAUAUAGAAGGUCGUAAGUAAAACCAGAAUUUAAAUAUAGACCCUUUGUGCUAUUAUCACCCUACCCUGGCUUGCAAAGGCCACUGAAACUAGAAACAUAUGCAUCCUUGUACACGAAACGAACAAGGAAAUCUAACGAAAAGAGGUAGCAGGGCCCCUUGGCACAAUCACAGUACAGGCUCUUUUCCUCCAUACACCCUAAACUAGCUUGCAAGGACUAUAUAUGCACCCCCUCUGCAACACGAAACGAACAAGGAAAUUAAACAAGAAGAGAAACACACAUCACGUACGCUCUCCUGCUCAUCUGUUGUUUCCGUCCAUCACCAUUUCCUUUCCUGCGACAACCGAGAAAGAAACAUCUCGACUCAGAUAUACAGUUGAGAGAGAGAUGGAUGAAGCUUCCCGGCGAGCCGGCGGCUCAUCCUCACGCGACAUCUCGCCGGCCAUCUGCGACGAGACGCAGCCACCACUGGCUGCCGGCAUCCAACGCGACGCGAACUUCAUCCAGGACGAGAUGGAGGUCAUGAACGGCUUCGUCCGCCACCUUGCCAGGACCCAGCAGCUGGCUCCUAGCGCUGGGCACCGCGACGACCAAGACAACGACGAGGUUCAGGCGUGGGCUAGGCAGGUCAGGGACCUCGCUGGCGACUCCCGGGACUGCAUCAACCUCUACCGGCACACAGGCCCCCGCCGUGCAAAGGGGCUCCUGCGCUACGUGCAAAUGCCAUGGUUCCUUGGAGGGUGCGCCACCAUCCCUCGCAGCCGCAGCACCAUCGCCAAGCGUAUCCGGGAGCUCAAGGUCCGGGUGCAAGAGGCCGGCGAGAGACGGCUGAGGUACGGCAUCGUCAUGCCGCCACCGCCUGCCAUCACGCAAACUUCUACUACCAUGGCGAUGGUCAGCAGCAGCAGACGACCGCCUCUCGACAAUUUCCAAGAAUCAGAAGACGGUGGCGACAACGACGACGAGAGAGGUGUUUUCAGGCGAGCUCUGAUCGAUGCUGAGCCCAACAUCUUGGAGGAAGGUGCAGCAGAGCUGAUCGCCUGGCUGGGCAAGAAAGGAGACGGUGACGAGGCCGGAGGGCGGCCGUUCAGACUCACUGUCAUUCUAGCACCAGAUGAUGCAGAAGGUACCGGUCUAGCUCAGCAAGUGUACCAAGAUCCUUCGGUGUCCGGCGUGUUCAACGUCAAGGUAUGGAUCACCAUCCAGAGGCCUCCAAUCCUCUGGCAGAUAUUCCAUGACCUGCUCUGCCAGCUCCUUCCUGGCCAAAACCAGGACAUGCUGGACGACACAUCAUCAGACAACAUGAAGCUCCUCUGGAGCAUUCGAGGCCGCUUGGAAGGCAGAAGGGUCCUGAUUGUUCUCGAUGAUCUCGACGAUUACGCGGGCCUCUGGGACCAGAUCAGGAUUGCUCUCAACUUCAUAAGCCUCCCUGCUGGCAGCGCCAUCAUGGUGACCACAAAGGAUGAUGGGCUUGUCAAGUCAUCUUCUCCGGAUAAAGUGGUAACCUAUUCCCUUGUGGAUUUCUUCUUCAAGAGAGCAGUGGCCCUUGUGACCAGCAAUUUUCAGGAUGGCGAUGUUCGGGCCAUCAUACGCAGCAUACUCAAGAGAUGCGACCCGGAUGUCGCUUCCAUGAAGAUGUUCCUCCAUGCCUUGUAUGGCAAUCCUAACAGGACAAAACAAGAACUGGAGAAGCUGCAGGAAAGCCUGUGUUCGGAGGCCGACGACGAUAGCACCUAUAACCUUAAGCAGAUGGUUAUGUUUUCCUAUAGUGACAUGCCUAGACAGUGUCAGAUGUGCUUCCUGCACCUAUGCCUUCUCCUCCCACAAGAUCACAGCAUCAGGAGGACAUCCCUAGUAAGAAGAUGGGCAGCCCAAGGCCUGAUAUCUGCGGAAGGCGAUCAUGGCUCAGCUGAAGCGGCAGCCGAGCGCUGCUUCGGUGCAUUUGUCAGCCGAGGUCUCAUUUGCCCUGCUGACAUUGGUGAUGCAGGCAAGAUCAAGACUUGUGUAGUGCCUCCUCCAGUGCAUCGCCUCAUCACUGAGGUUGCAGAAGAAGAGAAUGUCAUCAGUGUCGGCUCCAUGAUCUGCAGUGCACAUCUUGGUGACAUCAAGAGGUGCCUGGGAUCACUGCCCGCGUCCUCUCAACUGCUGCUGCUGAAGGUGCUCGAUCUAGAAGGCUGCAAAGGCUUGCAGAAGCGCCAUCUGAACAACAUCUGCAAGUUGUUCAUGCUCAAGUAUUUGAGCCUCAGGAACACGGAUGUUUCUGCACUGCCAAAGCGAAUCCACAAGCUGCAGCAGCUAGAGACGCUGGACAUUCGGCAAACCAAGAUACAAGCCUUCCCCGCAGAUUUCGCCAAGCUCUUGAUGCUCAAGCAUCUGCUCGCAGGCCGUGCAGACUUAUCCCCAGUCAAGGACACCAUCAACUCCAAGGAAUCGUUUUCCACGCCGCGCAUGCCCCGCGGAAUCGGGGCCAUGAGGAGGAACCUGGAGAUACUGUCACACGUGCAGGUCUCCAGGAGUGGUAGUGAGUUGAUGUUGAUGGAUGUUGGGCAGCUACUCAAGGUACGGAAGCUAGGAGUUGUUCUCCAUGGCAAGAAGGUCGGCAGCUCCUUCAAGCAUCUGCUCCAAGCAAUCAGCAAGCUGCACAAAUGCCUUCACUCUUUGUCGAUCCGAAUUGGACAUCCUGGCGAUGAGACCGAUCCCCUUACAUUCAGCGUGGAUCAAGAGAAUCCAUUUUCACCUCCCAAGUUUCUCCAGAGCCUGUACAUCAGCGGCCUCACAGGCGUUGGGCUGCCUCCAUGGAUCACAGAGCUCCACCAACUUGCCAAGAUUACCCUGCGUGACACAUCCCUGACGGAUCAUGCCAUACGACUCCUCGGCAAACUCACUGGCCUGCGCUGCCUUAGGCUCCGACAAAUGUCCUACGCCGAAAUGAAGAUCACUUUUGGGAAAGAAGAAUUCCCAAGCCUCAAGUUUCUCAUCAUCGAGGGCUCCGACAUCACCAACAUCAUCUUCGAGAGUGGAGCAGCGCCUGGGCUGGAGAAGAUAGCUUGGGGUUUCAAGAGCAUGCAGUUCAUCUCCGGAAUCGGCCAUCUCCCAAGGCUGAAAGAGCUCGAGCUCAGUGGCAGCUGCAACCCAGACCCGGUGAAGCAGGCCGUCGCAGCACACCCAAACCAUCCCGUCUUCAAGCACAACGCCUGAAGUUAGCCAUUGCUGGAACCGGUCAGUACGAGCCUGCAUGCUCUGGAGUGAGUGAUGAUUGUGUUGUGUGAGUGUUUGCAAUGCGUGUACUUCUCUAUUGAUCUCAGUGUGUGUUGCAUGCUUGUGUGUUCCUACCUAUGAUUGUGUUCCUCGUUCUGUUAUGGACUGUGAUAUGCAUGUACCGUGUGGAAUUGUUAUACACUUGUGUGUUGCCUAUGCAAUAAGACUUGUAGUUUUACUAUGUGCUACAAUUUUUCUUUGGUUUUGCUGGAACCAGUUUCACUUCGUGUUUUUUGUUUCAGUACCUUCAGUGCUGCACCAUGGCCAUGUCUAAAUGGAGAAAAUGUAUGGUGCACCUAGGUGAAAAAAAAAACAAGGAGGUUUGAAAGUUGAGAUACGUUGUGGGAAUGAAAUAUGAACCUAUAAAAUUUGAUCAAAAAAUAUGUCCAUUGUGGGCUGUGCACACUUAUGGUUUCUAUUUUAGACCAUCAUAUCCCGUGUUCUUUUCAAAAUGGCAUGUUUGUGGCAAAUGAGGCGAUGCAUUGUAGGAGGCACUUUAUUGGACAACGUAUGUAAAAAUAAUUCACAUGUAUUGGACAAUGUAUGUAAAAAUAAUUCAGAACCUCCCAAAAUAUCAACACACAUGCUUUUCU